ACUGCUCCGCCUCCUUUGAGCACAUCAAGCUACACGUGCAUCUGCUUGUGGUUACAGCUAACGCUGCGCACACCGGAGAAGUACAUAUUUUCCAAAGGGGUCAACAUUUGUAAACUUGCUUAAAAAGUCGGAAUCGUUGUUAUAAAUGGGAGGUCUUCAGAAAAAGAAGUACGAGAGGGGCGCCGCCACCAACUACAUCACCAGAAAUAAAGCUCGGAAGAAGUUACAGCUGAGCCUCCCAGAUUUCAGGCGAUUAUGCAUUCUCAAAGGCAUUUACCCUCACGAACCCAAGCACAAGAAGAAGGUGAACAAAGGCUCCACUGCUCCAAGGACCUUCUACAUGCUCAAGGACAUUCGCUUUCUUCUGCAUGAACCAAUUGUUGGCAAGUUCAGAGAAUACAAGGUAUUUGUUCGCAAACUUAAGAAGGCAUAUGGAAAAACAGAGUGGUCUACAGUUGAGAGACUGAAAGAAAACAAGCCCACUUACAAACUGGACCACAUCAUCAAAGAAAGAUACCCGUCCUUUAUUGAUGCAUUGCGUGACAUUGACGACGCCCUCUGCAUGUGCUUCCUCUUCUCCACCUUUGCACGAACAGGAAAAUGUCACGUGCAGACAAUCCAUUUAUGUAAACGUCUUACAGUGGAGUGGAUGAACUAUGUUGUUGCAGCUCGUGCUCUGAGAAAGGUUUUUCUCUCAAUCAAGGGAAUAUAUUAUCAAGCAGAGGUGAUGGGACAGCUCAUCACAUGGCUGGUGCCAUAUCAGUUCUCUCAUGAUCACCCAACAGAUGUUGACUACAGAGUCAUGGCCACUUUCACAGAGCUGUACACCACACUGCUGGGUUUUAUCAACUUCAGAUUGUACCAUUCCCUCAACGUCAUCUACCCACCAAAGCUGGACAGUAAAUCAGAGGCGGAGCUGAGAGAAGAGGAUGAGGAAGACUACGCAAUGAACUCAGAAAGCUAUAUGGAGAAACUGUCGGCUCUGAGUGCCAGCCUGGCACGGGUGGUUUCUUCAGCGGAGGAGGAAGAGGCUCAACUCGACCAGUUUCCUGUUGAAGGGGAAGACAUCGAAAAUAUGGAGGCACGAGAACAAGAGCAGAAAAAACAGGAAGCUCAGAGAAAGCUUUUUGAAGGCCUCAAGUUUUUCCUGAACAGGGAGGUACCCAGAGAAUCACUGGCCUUUGUCAUUAGAUGUUUUGGCGGCGAGGUGUCCUGGGACAAGUCUAUUUACAUUGGCAGCACAUAUGAAGUGACGGACGAGACCAUCACACAUCAAAUCGUUGACAGACCCAAUGCUGACAAACAGUACAUCAACAGAUACUACCUACAACCUCAGUGGGUUUAUGACUGUAUCAAUGCCAAAAUGCUCCUGCCAGUUGAAGACUACUUCAUUGGAGUGACGCUUCCCCCUCACCUAUCUCCAUUUGUGGAGGAGAAGGAAGGCGACUACGUGCCACCUGAAAAACUGAAGAUCAUGGCUUUACAACGAGGAGAAAUACCUGCCCAUGACCAAGAGGCCGGUGAUGAAGACGAGGAGGAGGACGAUGGUGAGGAAGAGGAGGAUGAAAAUGACAAUGAUGAGGAGGAAGAAGAAGAAGAAGAAGAAGAGGAGGAAGAAGAGGAGAACCUGAAGAAAAUGGAAGAGCAAAGAUCUCAGGGCAAAUCUCUGCAGGUCAAGGUGACACCAGGAAGAGUGAAGGUAGAAAAUGUAGUUCGUGUAGAGCAAGAGGAGAAAGCAGAAGAGAAACGUCUCGCCAUUAUGAUGAUGAAGAAGAAGGAGAAGUACCUCUACGACAAGAUCAUGUUUGGGAAAAAGCGGAAAACCCGAGAGGCUAACAAGUUGGCUGCCAAGAGGAAGGCCUUUGACGAUGCAGAAAAAGCAAAGAAGAAGGCACGAAAAUAAACAUGUGAAGGUGUCACCUUUAAAAUAUGUAUUUAUGAUUAGGAGGCUAACGUGUCAUGGAACGCCGUGGAGCCCAGUGAUAUGGUCAUCAUAACCUCUGACUUGGCCUCACUAAUUGUGUAAUUAAUGAUAAGGUGACUUAAUGCCAUGUUUGUUAAUAGCUGUUGCUCAGCUGUUAUACACUUCACACCUUAAGCACACACUAUGCUUUCAAAAUCUGUCAAAUGGUAUGCAUUUUUAGUGGAGAACAAAUGUGUCCAUGCUGUUAUGUAAUCUUGCAAUAUUGAGAUGAACUCUGGACUUUUUCAAGGCUGUUUUUGUUUCUUCCUGCACUCACCACAUAGGUGAGGAUUAUGUUUCCAUAAAAGUUGUUUUACUGCUUGAAAGGGUAAUAAAAUCUAAGAUUGGUACAUCA